AAUUCCAGUUGACUGUUCACCAAUAUUUUAUGAGCUUUCUGUUACUUCAUCGGCUCAUAAGGGAUAAGAUCGGCUACAAAGCAACGAUGAAAGUUUUAUUAGUUACUUUGGCUUUUGUAGCCGUUUUAGCCUAUGUAAAAAGUGAUGAUUCGUCGAAAAAAGGUCCAAAAGUAACCGAUAAGGUUUGGUUUGACAUCACAAUCGGUGACGAGGCAAUAGGCCGCAUUGAAAUCGGAUUGUUUGGAAAGACAGUGCCAAAGACAGCAAAAAAUUUUAAAGAACUAGCACUUAAACCAGCCGGUGAAGGAUACAAAGGCAGUAAAUUCCAUAGAGUUAUUAGAGAUUUCAUGAUUCAAGGUGGUGACUUCACUAAAGGAGAUGGUACUGGAGGUCGCAGCAUUUAUGGAGAACGCUUUGCCGAUGAAAACUUCAAACUGAAACAUUUCGGUGCUGGUUGGCUGUCAAUGGCUAAUGCUGGAAAAGACACUAACGGCUCACAAUUUUUCAUCACCACAAAACAAACUUCCUGGCUGGACGGACGUCACGUCGUGUUCGGUAAAAUUUUAAAGGGAAUGGAUGUUGUUAAGAAGAUUGAAGCAACGGAAACUGAUAGUCGUGAUAAACCACGUAAAGAUGUAGUUAUCGCUGAUUGCGGUGCCAUAAGUGUAGAUGAACCUUUUAGUGUAGAGAAGGCCGAUGCUAGAGAUUAAAUCUUGUAAAUAAUUCCAGUAAUUUUAGCUUUAUAUGUACCUAAUGUCCUUUUUUUAAAUAAAUUAGGUAAUUUUUUU